AUGGCCGAAGGCACCCGUUUGAAGGAUCUCCAGGAAGGCUUCACUUCCUUCAAAAGGUCUACCGAAUCCCAGAUGAGCACUUUUGGUGUGGAGCUCCUUGCUGUACGCAAGCAACUGGACAUCAUGAUGCAACAAUUCUCCUCUUUGGCGGCAGAUCUGAAAAAGGAAAAUACAAACCAGUCAAACAACAGUGAAAACAAGGGUGGACCGCAGAUGAUGAAUCACUCUGGUGAACUCUUACCAAGAUCCGUGCGGCUGGAGUUUCCAGUAUUUGAUGGUGAGGACCCCCAUGCUUGGUUGUAUAAGGUAAAACAAUUUUUUACCUUCCACAACACAUUGCCUGAACACCGUUUGAGAUUAGUCUCCUUUCACAUGGUUGGUAAGGCUUUGAUUUGGUUUCAAGGCCUUGAUGAGUCUGGGUUGUUGGGUGAGUGGGAAGAGUUUGUCAAUGCUCUACUUAUACGUUUUGGCCCCUGUAGUUUGGAGGAUCCGUUGGAACAGCUCAUUAGACUAAGGCAGGAGGGUACGGUGGAGGAAUAUAAGUCUGAAUUUGAGCUAAUUGCUAAUCGCCUUAGGCGCUUGUCUAAAAUGGAUAAACUAAGUUGUUUUGUCAGUGGACUCAAGGAUGACAUUCGUUUGACGGUAAAAAUGUUUAAUCCUACAAAUUUACUCACAGCCUAUCGUCUUGCCCGAAUCCAAGAGGAAAGAGUAAGCCUACACAAAAAGCCAAACACACGCCCUCCCUCCUUUCAUUAUACUGAACCUGCACACAUCAAAUACCAACCACCCCAAUCCCAAUCCCAACCCACCACAGAACCAAACCAUUCCUUCAACAAAGCUGUAGUACCUGUCCAUAAAAUCAGUCCAAACCAAAUGAAAAUUAGGAGAGAAAAGGGGUUGUGUUAUCAUUGCGAUUCGAAAUGGCAUCCUGGCCAUCGUUGUAAUAGUCCGAAGUUGUAUUUGAUUGAGGAGGUGGUAGAAGACAGCAUAGAACCUUUAAAUGAUACCGGGCAAUUUCUUGACCAGCCCGAAAACAAAGAGUUGUAUAAAGGGGAGAUGGCCUUACAACAAACACCUGAAAUUUCACUGCACGCCAUCAUUGGCUCUAUGAACCCCAAGACUAUGAGAGUGAAAGGCAAGAUUGGAAAUCAAUGGGUAGUCAUCCUUAUUGAUUCAGGAAGUACACAUAACUUCCUGGAUCCAGCAGUACUUUCUAGGGUGCACAUUCCUUUAGUGGAUGAGGAUAAAAUCAGGGUUAAGGUAGCGAAUGGUGAGAUGGUUAACAGUGAAGGAAAAGUGAAGGGAGUGAAUGUUUCUGUUCAAGGGUCCUGUUUUUUGGUAGAUAUGUAUGUUCUUGUGUUGACUGGAUGUGACAUGGUUCUUGGUGUGCAUUGGUUACAAGGUUUAGGGCCCAUAUUGUGGAAUUUCAAAGAAUUAACCAUGCAGUUUACAGUUCAGCAAACUGUUGUCCAGUUGAAGGGACUCACGGGUAGCACUUGGAUUGAAGAAGGACACAUUCAUAAAUGUAGUCAAAUGGAAAGCAAGGGAAUUAUCUUGCAAUUCAUUGAACAAACAACCAAACCCCAAGCCAACCAGAUUCCAGAACAUAUACAAAAAUUACUCAACGACUAUCUUGACAUUUUUUCCACCCCAAAAGGCCUACCCCCAACCCGUUCCCAUGACCAUGUUAUCAAUUUACAGCCAGGAACUAACCCCAUUUCUGUCCGACCCUACCGAUAUCCUUAUUUCCAAAAAGACGAGAUCGAAAAGAUUGUUAUGGAGUUGCUGGAUUCUGGGGUUAUUAGGCCUAGUCAAAGCCCUUAUUCCUCACCUGUUUUGUUGGUAAGGAAGGCGGAUGGAUCGUGGCGUUUAUGUGUCGAUUAUAGGGUACUAAACAGUGCCACUAUUAAGGAUAAAUAUCAUAUUCCAGUGGUGGAGGAGUUGCUGGAUGAACUACAUGGUGCUAAGGUAUUUUCAAAGUUGGACUUGAGGUCGGGCUACCAUCAAAUAAGGGUGAAGCCUGAGGACAUCCCUAAGACCGCUUUCCGGACACAUGAAGGGCAUUACGAGUUUCUAGUUAUGCCAUUUGGCUUGACUAAUGCUCCCUCAACCUUCCAAAGCUUGAUGAAUCAGGUUUUUAAACUAUAUCUCAGAAAAUUCAUUUUAGUAUUUUUUGAUGAUAUUUUAGUCUAUAGUCAAGAUGCAGUAGCUCAUUUGAACCACUUAAAGAUUACUUUUGAUGCAUUGAGGCAGCACCAAUUGUUUGCUAAAAUGAGCAAAUGCAGCUUUGGGUUAGCUGAAGUCUCGUACUUGGGCCAUCUCAUUUAUGGCCAGGGGGUACGGGCUAACCCUGAGAAGCUGAAAGCAAUGUUAGAUUGGCCUACCCCACGGUCAGUUAAAGACUUGAAAGGCUUUUUGGGCCUCACGGGAUAUUAUCGGAGGUUUAUCAAAGGAUACGGGGUUGUUGCUGCCAAACUAACAGAGUUGUUAAAGAAGGAAGAUUUCCAUUCACCCUUUGCAAUUGAGUGUGAUGCAUCGAGGGAGGCCAUUGGAGCUGUUUUGAUGCAAUCGGGAAAACCAAUAGCUUUUUUCAACAAGGCUUUGAAAGGUAGGGCUGUGAGUAUGUCGACUUAUGAAAAGGAAUUUUUUGCAUUAGUUUCAGUAGUGCAAAAGUGGCGCCAUUAUUUGCUAGGCCAGGCUUUUGUUGUUAAAACCGAUCACCAAAGCCUCAAAUUUCUGCUAGAGCAGAGAGUGGGAACCACUAUGCAACAAAAGUGGAUUUCUAAGGUGUUGGGAUAUGAUUUUGUGGUGGAAUUCAAGAAGGGUAGAGAGAAUGUGGUAGCAGAUGCCUUAUCUAGGCAAAGGGAGGAAAUUACAGCAACAUUAGCUGUAAUAUCUCUACCUAGUUGGGAUUGGGUAGAAGAAAUUAAGACUUUAUACUCUGGUGACCCUAUUGUACAAGGGUUAUGGAGGAAACAUCAAGCUGGUGACUUAAGCAUCCCCUACACAGUGAAGAAUUGA